CCACGGUUCCCUCGAUGCUUUCGUACACGAGCGUUCUCAUCAUCAGAGUCUUCGGAUCGCUGACAUUUGCGGUGGAAUCGGCUCGAGGAUCAUGCCUCUUCGAGUUCUUCAGGUGAUCACUGUUGUGAUCGAUGCCGCGGUCAAGGCCUGGACUAAAAAACGGUAAUGCGGAGGCCGCAGCAAAACACUCGAGCGCAGAAAAAGCCGCACUCGCACGCCGUACUGCGCCCGUCGAAAGAAGGAAGGAAGGGACGCGGGUGUUCAGUUUCCCGAGGAGCCGAGCGAUGGAAUCUAGUCCCUGCGUGAUCGAGGCUUUUGGGCAUGGGAUGUGGGGAAAAUUGCUCUGCUCUGCCUCUCUCAUGAUCGUCGUUCUUGGGUAGAUUCUCUAAUCUUGUACUGCAAUGCGUGCUAAGAAAUAAGCAAGCUACUAACUGCAAGCUGAACCACUUCAAGGCUCUCGCAGAUGGCCCACGAUGGAAGGUGCACAAUGUGUCUGCCGUACGACAUCAAUGAGAAUGUCGUUCGAAUGCCGGCGCUUUGAAGAGUCAGUGCUCGUUGAAAUUCAAAUCGAGAAUGGGAACGUUCAAAUGUCUCGCUCGAGCAUCUGCGAUUCAGGGAACGAGUUCACGAAGCGCAGAAAAGAUGUGUCCUUGUGAAACUAUUGAAUGCAAGAACAUGCACAUUUUCCAUCCUUGAAAGGGGUGGUGGUGGUAGUGGUGGCGGAAGGCAACGGUGCUAGUUCAACGAGAUCUUUGCAUGGGAAGUCGCGAGCUCGAGCGAGUAAUGGGCGCAAAUUUCGAAAGAUGAUUGUUGUACGUCGGCUAGAACAGCUAGCCCUCGUUCAAUGCCCCACAAGCUCCGCACGAGUUUCAAAAUGCCUGAUCGAACAAUGAUUAAUUUGGCGUCUUGAUUCAAACCCGCAUCAUUCCGAGUCAGUCAACGUAAUGAUCCUUGCGUCAUGAGCCACUUCGAGUUUGCUCCGUUCGUUCGUCGCUGGGCCCAACGGGGAACGGAGACCAGACCUUCAUCGACUUUUCAUUCAUCGGUAAGCUUGACCGCAUGGCGUGCAAAGCUUUGAAUAGUCGUACCCCAUCAAGAGGAAAGCAAAGAACAUUUUAAAUCAAUUCCGACCAAGUAGAUCCUAUCAUGUGCUGUAGUAAAUUAAGUUGAUCACGAGGGUGGAUAACAGCAUACUGG